AUGCUUGAAUCCACCACUUUUGCGAUGCUAGGCAAAUCGUCUCUUGUCGUUGCAACGUUCAUUGUUGCCGUUCCUGCACUUGGCGCUAACCAUGAACAAGGAACAGCAAAAGUGACAACAUCCGACAUAGUUCGAAGUGGCGAGUUAGCCAAUGUUUAUCUCGAUUGGAAUCAUCGCCCACCAAGCUUGAUCAAAUCUGUGUAUGCGCCCUGUGGUAGCGAGAGCUCUUCGACAAACGAGCAAAUCAUCGGACAAUUCUCAAUCAGCGAACAUCCUCCACAACGACUGGCCUGGGCAGUCCCGGAUGAUGCACCAACACAUCAUUGUGUCUACAUUUUCGGAUCCGACAAUCGAAAUGGGACAGAAAGGCUCUUGGGCAAAAGCAAUCCCGUCUCUGUGCAGAAAAAGCUCAAGAAACGAUCCACCGCAGACGCCAAUAUUCCCUUGUUGAAAGACUUUGAUGCACAGGGGGCUUGGUUUGAUGGAGUAGCCAAAAUCAAAAGCAAAGUGGAGAACAAUGGAGGAGUGGCUUCAAAAAGCUCUCCCAAGAAUACAUCGAUUGCAAUUGUUGGAGGCGGUAUCUCUGGGCUUGCAACGGGCUUGAUGCUGGACAGCAUUGGUGUACACAAUUGGGAGAUUAUCGAAGCCAGCGACCGCGUCGGCGGCAGGUUCCGGACGAAGUAUGUCGCGGGCACCCAAGAAUGGGCCGAGAUGGGACCGAUGAGACUUCCACAUUCUGUCACGUACAAGGAUGAUAACGAGACGCUUUUAUAUUCCGACCAUCAGUUGACAUUCCAGAUGGCCAACAUCUUGAAUAACAUGAACAAGAAUGAGUCUCAGUGGAAAAUUGACUUCAUUCCUUGGAUUCAACACAGCCCCAAUGAGCUGUAUGAUCGAGGGACUCGCCGCCACCCAGAUGGAAGAGUCCCAACACGCGCUGAGAUUGAGGAGGACUCGAGCCUAGAGGACCCGCCCGCAAUGACCAGCGCCGAAUACAGCAAUACCGAGAACCAGAUGGACAAGAUCCUCAAAGACAAAAAGACCUUGAAGUCUCUUCAAAAGGAUAUCUGGAGAGCCCAUAAGACGGCCAUGGACCAAGGGCUCGAUGACUGGAGUGAACAGGCCAUGAUGCGCCAUGUGUUCGAGGCCAGUAAAAACAUUACGGACGAGAUUUGGACAUCAUCAGACUACGAUGUGUUCUGGGAUGAACUACAUCACAACUCGAAUCUCGGCCUUGAUGGAAGCAAAAACAGCAUGGGUGAGACGGAAUGGCUCUGCAUCGAUGGAGGGUUCAAUCGCCUGUCAGACGCUUUUCUUCCUCACGUCCGUGACAGACUUACUCUCAAUCGGAAGAUCAGAAAACUAGAGUCAGUCCAAGGCGAGGAUGGCAACACUCGUACUCGGUUGUCGUGGUAUCCCAGCGUCUCGAAUCGUACAUUCGAAUCCAAAGAGUACGACUACACAAUCAUGGCAGCGCCUUUCACCAUGACCCGCUUCAUGGACCUGCCCAAGUUCUCCUCUGUUCUAGAUCGCGCAAUCAGCGAGGCAGGUCUGCGAUUCAAGUCCGCAUGCAAAGUAGCCCUUCUCUUUUCCGAAAGAUUCUGGGAGAAAGGCGACCGACCGAUUUUCGGCGGCUACUCCAAACCAUCAAGUGAUUCAGUCGGUGCUCUCUACUACCCAGUCUAUGGGCUCAAUGAGUCCCGCCCCGGUCUGAUCAUGCACUACCGAGGUGGCGAUUGGAGCGACCGGUUUGUCAGCUUCUCCGAUGAAGAGCACGUCCAGACGGUGCUAGAUUCGAUUGUCAGUCUGCACGGUGAACAAGCGCGCGAGCUCUAUACUGGCGACUAUGAGCGUCUCUGUUGGCUUCAGGAUGAACACACUGCAACUUCUUGGUGUCGACCGGAUGUUGCACAGCAUCAACUCUACAUUCCGGCUUAUCAUCAGACGGAACAUAACACCAUUUUCAUUGGAGAGCAUACUGCUCCAACUCAGGCGUGGGUUAGCUCCUCCUUGCAUUCCUCAGUCCGCGGCUCGGUUCAGCUUCUUCUGGAAUUGGGCUUAGUGGAUGAGGCUAAGGAGCUUAACAAGCAGUGGAUGGGAAGAUGGAUUAAGUUGUAA